CCUUGGGACGUCUUAUAAACAAAAUCUAUGGGCCGGCCCUACACCCCUCCCAGAAAGGACAUCAAAGUCUAGCAUCUUAAUUGGUUAACCGCAGUUGCUUUGUUGUGCACGGCCAAAGAUUUUAUUCACAGGUAGCUCAUUUUAACCAGAAAGUUUAUUUAGCUAGCUAAAUUCACAGCAUGGCUUGAUUGAUUUAUGUAGUUGGGUCAAGCGUACAGUACAUGUGGCACACUAGUUACAUUAACUUUACCGGUAGCUUAGCUAGCUAGGUGUUGUCAACAUUUCUAUGGUGCGUCUUUCACCCGUCUUUCAGUUUCAACUUUAGUGUUGUCAUUUCGAGGUCAAGAGAGCGAGGGUAAACUAGUUUAGAAAAGAAACAGUGGGUCGAUCUGCUAAGUAGACAGCAGAGCCAGAGAUGGCUAUCGCCCACGUCGCUACAGAGUAUGUGUUCAGUGAUUUCCUCCUGAAGGAGCCGGGUCAGGCAAGGUACCGCACCGUGCGCACUGAGCUAGCCAUGGACAAGAUGGUGACGUGCGUGGCGGUGGGACUCCCUCUCCUCCUCAUCUCUCUAGCCUUCGCCCAGGAGGUCUCUGUGGGUGUUCAGAUCAGCUGUUUCCCUCCAGCUAACUUUUCCUGGCGUCAGGCCAUGUAUGUGGACUCCUACUGCUGGGCAGCCCUACACACUCACACACUACCCUUAUGGCUACACAAGUUCUUCCCCUAUAUUCUGCUGUUGAUAGCAGUAAUUAUGUAUAGUCCAGCGGUGUUCUGGCGUUUCUCUGCCUCUCCUCUGCUUCAGUCAGACCUCAGCUUCAUCAUAGAAGAACUCGACCGCUGCUACAACCGUGCUGUCACUCUGGCUAAACGCAUGGCCACUACUGGGGAACACACAGACAGUGGUGUGUCCGACCCUACUGAGGGCUGUUUCAUGUACCCAGUGGUGGAGCAGUAUCUGCUGACCAAGAGGAGGAGUGUUGUGUUAUUGUGGCGCUACCUGCUGUGUCGAGGCCUCAAUCUGCUCACCUUGCUUCUGGCCUGUGUCUACCUGGGCUACUACCUCCGCCUCGCUUCCGUCACUGACCAGUUCGGCUGUUCCCUGCGCACUGGACUCCUGGCCAAUGACACCUCAAUCCCCAACCAAUUACAGUGCAAGCUGGUCGCUGUGGGCGUGUUCUCUUUGCUAAGCUUUGUUAACCUGCUGGUGUACGCCAUGCUGGUUCCCGUGGUGAUAUACUCCGCUCUGCGCCCCUUCUUCCAAUCACACACCCAUUUCCUGAAGUCCUACCAAUCACUGCCCACCAUCAGUGUUCUGCCCCUCCCUCAGGGCCAAUGGGAUGACCUGACGCUCUACUUCCUCUUCCUGGAAGAAAACCUCAGCGAGCUCAAGUCCUACAAGUACAUGAAGGUGUUGGAGUUGCUGAGGAGGAGGGGUGUGUGUGAGGGGGAGGACUUUGACGCCAUGGGACUGCUUCAGAUGCUGUGUCUGGUGAAGACUGAUGCCACGGACGGAAAGAGGAGCACCGCAGCUACCUCCAAUGCUAGUGACAAAAACCCCCAAUGCAAAUGCUAGGCGUAAUGCUAAAGCUAAUGAUAACCCUGCCGCUGGGGAGGCCAGUAGCAAGGCCCCAGCCCCCGGCCCAGCUUCCCCAGACCCAGGCCAAAGCCAGACCAGUGCCACUGAAAUGACAGAAUUCUCUGCUCUGUUGCCAGGCAACAGUGCAAUGACAGGCGGGAGUGACGAGGGGGCGGUCCGACAUCGAAUUAUCUGAUCGUUGCCAUGAAGGAACAGCCCCAGUGGGUUGUGGGACACUAGGAACCAGAGGUUCUAAGACCAAGAGACCCAACAAGCCUUUAUCUAAAGAACUCAGAUUAAGGUGUAGCAGAGAUGUCUUGAUGUAAAUGGGACAGAGUUGUAUCAUAACGCCAAUGGGACAGCGUUGUUUUACAGUUUUUUUCAAUUGCUAACAAGCAUCGGUCAAUACUGAAGCCACUUUUUCAAAACUCUUCACACAGUCUACAUUACCAACAUGCAUCUUGGCCAGACAGUUAAUCUCACCUCCAAAACUCACUCAAACCACCAAAACACUUCAUACAUUUUGUAAGUCGCUCUGGAUAAGAGAGUCUGCUAAAUGACGUAAAUGUAAAUACAUGUCUCAAAAUAAGCUUGUUCGACCAAAACACUGGAAACAAUUCUCACUCAGAAAGCAUUCAUUCUCACUCAUAAAUCAUUAUUUCAUUAUAGAAUAACACCUUUUCACUUUGACUGUACUAAAGUAUAUGUAACAAGAAUGAUUCAGAAAUGCAGCAAUUAGCUUCAAUAGGCUUUUUCUUCUAUGUCUUUGCAUAUAGUAAUUUACUUGUGAAAAAUAAAAAGUUGAAACAUAAAACAAAAUCCUGAAAUUCCAGGGCUGCAAUAAUAAUGACAAAAUAAAACCAUCAACAACAUGUAUAGUAUAAUCACUCAUACUGUACAGUACUGUGAGGGUUCUAGUUCUCAUCAACAUCACAUCUUAUUUCUUCUCUGGCGAUGCAUCUUGGAAAGUAUCUUCUGGAAUGUCUAAUCCAACCCUGGCAGUCUUCAGGAGAA